AUGGCGGCCUCGUCCGAAUCUGCAGCGGUAACUUUCGACUGUUUAAUGGCAGUGGGAUUCCUGCGCUCGUAUUCCUUGCUCAUCUUGCAUCCUCUCGAUCUCGACAUCGCCAAGGAGACAUAUCUGGUGCCAAAAGACAUAGACUGGGUGCAGUGGUCCAAAUUCAUUUGCCACUUCCGGCAAAUUAGAGACGAGGAUGUCGCUAGACGUUACCACUAUGGACAGCUGCGCCUUUCGCGACUCAAUUGGCUCGUCCGAGUCUUCCGUCCCCAGCACGCCCAUAAUAUGUGGUUCUACGAGCUCCCACACUCGUCCAUUAGCGAUUUCGUGGCGGACUAUACCUUUCCUAUUGUCUUUAUCUUUGCUACUCUCUCGCUCGUCCUUUCGUCCAUGCAGGUAGUUCUUUCGGUACCUACAGAGUUGUUAUGGUUCGAAGAACGUAGCAAUGAUCUACAAGGAAUAGGCCGUACAUUCUGGGUAUUCUCCAUCGCGGUCGUGCUAUUGUGGGCACUCGUUUGUCUCCUCCUCUUGGGCAUCCCCGUCCUUGUUCUGGGAUGGCAAUUGUCGUGGGGCUACAAGCAUCGAAUCAAGUCUAAUGUGAAGGCGAAGGGAAUAGUCUAA